ACCCUCAACGACACAUCUCCUGUAAUUAAUCCAAUCCAGAUCACCUCUGCUUCUUCUUCGUCUUCAUCUUCGUCUUCAUCUUCACCUUUCCUUUGUGAUAAGUCUCUAUCAAAUCCAAAACAAAUCAUCCCUCCAACACCAAUCGUUGGCGGUUUAUUGUGAAAGCAUAGGGGCCUGUGUGUCCAAGCCUACAGUUGCAGCCCGCAGAGCCUCUACAGCGCAGCUGAUUCAGAGGCUUUCGAGCCCAGCAUCUGUAUCUCCGCCUCCUCCACCAGCACUACCACCACCAUCACCACCUUCUACUUCCAUUUACCCUGAAUCUAAACGUAUUAACAAAGAAAUGAAGGGUCUUUUCAAAUCUAAGCCACGUACGCCUGUUGAUGUCGUCAGACAAGCUCGCGAUCUUCUUAAUUACGCGAGUCGUGGUUCGGAUAUUAUUCGUGAAUCUAAGCGUGAAGAGAAGAUGGCAGAGUUGUGUAAAAACAUAAGAGAGAUGAAACAGAUACUUUAUGGAAAUAGUGAAUCUGAGCCAGUUUCAGAGGCUUGUGCACAAUUGACUCAGGAGUUCUUCAGGGAAGACACAAUGCGGCUUUUGAUUACAUGUCUCCCAAAAUUGAACUUAGAGGCCCGAAAAGAUGCCACUCAGAUCAUUGCUAAUUUACAAAGGCAACAAGUUCAAUCAAAGUUGAUCGCAUCUGAGUACUUGGAAGCAAAUAUGGAUCUUUUGGACAUUUUGAUAUCAGGUUAUGAGAACAUAGAUAUGGCUUUACAUUAUGGCGCUAUGCUGCGGGAGUGCAUUCGUCAUCAGACUAUUGCAAGGUAUGUUUUGGAAUCGCAGCACAUGAAGAAGUUCUUUGACUAUAUACAGCUUCCAAAUUUUGAUAUUGCUGCAGAUGCUGCUGCAACUUUUAAGGAAUUGCUUGUAAGGCAUAAAUCCACUGUAGCUGAAUUUCUUUCUAAGAAUUAUGAUUGGUUUUUUGCAGAUUAUAACUCAAAACUGUUGGAAUCUUCCAAUUACAUCACUAGACGACAAGCUAUCAAGCUGUUGGUAGAUAUAUUACUGGAUCGCUCUAAUUCCGUUGUGAUGACAAAAUAUGUGAGCUCAAGGGACAACUUGAGGAUACUUAUGAAUCUUCUGAGAGAAUCUAGCAAGAGCAUUCAGAUAGAAGCAUUUCAUGUUUUCAAGUUGUUUGCUGCUAAUCAAAAUAAACCUCCAGACAUUGUAAGCAUACUUGUUGCAAAUAGGAACAAGCUUCUCCGCUUGUUUGCCGAUCUCAAAACUGAUAAAGAGGAUGAACAGUUUGAGGCCGACAAAGCUCAGGUUGUCAAAGAAAUCAUUGCGCUUGAGCCUAGAGAUAGCUGAUGAACGAGCUUUGUUUGUGUCACUUGUAUGUGCAAUCUCAUGGUGUCCUCUUCAUCAUUUAGAUGGGAAUUAUGUAGCUCUCAUAGUUCUCAACAUGGCACUUCAAAUAAUUGGUCUUUGUACUAUUAAGUCUUUCCUUUCUUGUAGUUUCCAUGACAAGUACUUUCUGUAGAGGAAAGUAAUAAAAUUGUAUACAAAAUUACUUAAAAUGAUGCACCUGGUUUGUGCUCCUGCAUAAAUUGGUGGCCUUACACCUUCGUAACGAUCACCUGAACUUUUAUCAAAUGCAUAUUUUUCUGUA